UAUGAUUGUACUUUUUAUGAGAUUUUUUAUGAUAAAUAAGUGAAAAUGUUCGGUAAAUCAAAGAAAAUUGUGAACUUGGCUUAUAAGGAAAAGCUUCUAGCGGAAAUCGCUCACUAUGACAAACGAAUAGAAGAAGCGUUGAGUAAGCGUAAGCAAAAUUCCUUCGAAGACGAAAGCUUUGGCGAAAAUGUGACCAAUCCGUACAAGUUCAAGGUCCAACCGUCCCAGUUUGAACUGAAGCAGCGGGAAGCGAACUUGAGCAACCGCGCCAGCAUGUCGCUGGAGCUCGCGAUGCUGACUGUCAUGCAGUCGGAGGUCAAUGUCAUGGUCACACCUCCUGAAGUCAGGAAAGCGGUACAAGAAGAUGGAGUAUGGCAUGAGGUGGCCGCAGAGUGCAAGAUUGAUCUUGUAUCAUUCAUGAUCUCUUUCUAUGCUCACAAGCCGCAUCGCAAAUUCGCGCCGACUCGCUUCAGAAACCUAGCAGUGGCGUUAGUAAAGCCGGCUCAUCAGAAGGAGCUCGCACAGAGCAUUCUACCAAAGCUGCAGCUACCAAACCUUGCUCUACAGCCAGAAGGCGGGUACCGCGUUCGAUUUCUGGACCUGCUGCAAGUGGACUGGUCGCUAGAAAACCUCUGGUCGCCCAUCGUACCUUUUUGUCACCGGAUGAAGUUCGAAGUGGAGUAUAUGCCAAAAGACUACAUCAGUGCCAUCGGUAAACUCUACAAGCAAUUCAAAGACCCAUCGCUGGAGACUUCGGAACGAACCUCCAUACUGUCCAAGAUCUUUGACAUCUGUCUGCAGGCUGCCGGACCAGCUAGGAAAUGCAGGAGAGCUUUGAAUCAGACCCAGAGACCACUGGUCGCCUCCACGAGCGCCGCACAACUAUCGAUCAAGAACCCGAUGUUCCUAAUGUGGGACAAUCACCGAAGAAGCCUUCUGGCAAAGAGAAUAAGCCACAAAAUCGCAAAACAGACAUGGCGCCUCCUAAAACCAUUCCUAAGAAAGCUAAGAAGAGUAAAGAUAGAAAUAAUGAAACUGCUGAAAGUCGGAAAAGUGUAAAAAGAGCUAUUGAGAGUGAUAAUAGAAAUGAUGCAAAAAAAUCUAAAAUAGAUGAUAGUGAUAAUAGCAAAAGUAAAGCUGGAUUGAAAGGUGGUAGUCUUGUUCAAGAUAAGAGUGAAAUGGCAGGUGGUGCAAAAUCUAAAAGAAAUGAGAAACAACAUGUAAAUACAGAGAACGACUUAGAAAAUAAUGGACAGAAAAAAGUUCGGCUAAGAUAAUGAUGAAAAAUGUGAAAGACACUGCCAAAGCUACUGUUGAUCCUGAAGAUGAUACCGCGAAAAAAGGAGAUGGCAAAACUGUUAAGUCUAAAACUACAAAUAACGUCCAAGUUGAUGCUACAAAACAUACUAACAAAAAUAAAGACGAAGAAAGUUCAAAAGACAGUAGUGAAGCUAGUUCAAAAGCUUCCAAGAAGAGAGUUGAGAAAAGUAAUGUAAAUAAUGUUAUUUCUAAAGAUACGAAUACAGAAGGUAUCGCUGGAAGAACUGAAAAAGAAACUGAUAAUAGAGCAAAGGCUCAAAAUGAUAAAACUGUAAGCAAGAAUAUUGUUCAACAGAAAGAGAAGGCUGUAAUAGAAAAGAUAACAUAAAUCCAAAGGAAAGUACUGAUAUGAUUAAAAAUGACAUACCUAUUAGUAAAAAUACUGUUAAGUCUAAUAAGAAUAAGGAAAAUACUGUAAGCUCUAAAAAUACCGAAGGUGCGCCGAAAAACUAAUGAUAAAAAUAAAAAAUACAAUGCCAAGAAGGAUGACGUAAUUGUUGAAAGUUCAAAACGCGUAACGAAUAAGGCUGAUAAUGUUGAAGAUAUUUCGAAGAAAAUUAAAAAUAGUGCAAGUGAUGUUGGUACUUCUAAAAGGGCUACAUAUACUAAGGAUGAUAAUAUUGAAGAAAAUGUAGCUAGUAAGAAGAAUGUUAAUGACGUAGAAACUGUUAGUAAAGCAAGUUCUAAAUCAGUGGCAAAAGAUAAAGCAGUACCAAGAAAAAACCAAGAUAUUGAAGAAAACGGAGUUUCUAAGAAAGUUACUAAAAACACCGAUAAAGAUACAAAUGUAGAUGCAACAGUAGGUAAGACUGGAUUAGAGAGAAUUACAACUAAUGUUCCUAAAAAACCUAAAGAAAACAUACCAAAAACAAAAGAAGGGAAAAAUAGCGAGGUCACUAACAAACAUGUUACCAAAGCUAAUGACAAAAAUACUAAAGUAACUGAAAACCAAAAGUUUUGGAAAAAAAUAAAGUUCUCAAAGAAAAGCAGACAGAAAGUGCUAAAAUUACUACUAAAGGUAAUCCAGAUAAAGAAAUGGCUCAAGUUGGAGAGAAAAGAAAAAUUAUCCUAAAAGUACUGCAAGUUCUGGAAAAACUGAAGAUAAAACUAAAGGCGAUAAAACAUUUACAAAAUCAAACGACGAAGCAGAUAAAAAUGAAGUAGCAAAGAAAAGAAAAACUACAGAGUCAACUAAGAACGUAAAAGUUCAAGAACAAACUAAAGAAUCUACAGUUAAUACAGAAUCUAAAAACAAUGCCAAAGAAUCUGUAAACACAAAAUCAAAUCAGACAAAAUCAAAUCAGAAAGCAAAUAUGCUUAAUGUAACUGUGACUAAAUCAAAAAUAAUCCCCAUUUCAAAAAUACCUGCAGAAAAACAGAUAAAAGUGGCAGAUAAGUUAAAAACGAAGAUACCAAUGAUGAAGAACAAAAUGACGUUUUCUUCACUGAGUAACAGAAUGGUGAAUGCAGGGAAUAAUGCGGAGAAGACUAAAAUACCGCAGAAGACUUUGCCCGUUUUCAAGAAGGUCGCUAAAAAUUUGCCAAAAAGGAUUAGCCCAAGAAAACUGCCUUUAUUCAAGCCAUCUUCCAAAGGGUUUUUAAACAAGUAACGAAGAAAUAAAAGACAUGCUGUUGCUGUUAAGAUAUUAACAACGGCCUUACCAGG